CCGAGAGAGAGAGAGAGGGAGAGAGAGACCCCCUCUCUUUCUUUCUGCUCUGCCCAGGAGAAGAUCUGGAUCUUUCCUUUCCGUCCUGAAACUUCUGGAAGUCCUACAAGAGCAGCAGAGAGGGGAAUUAAGAGAGGAUUUUUAUCCAAGCAGAGUGAAGGAGACAUCCCAGAAUCCAACAGGCCAACAUGGCUCUGCUGUGCUACAACAAAGGCUGCGGGCUGAAGUAUGACGGCACCAAGAACAAAGAGGAUUCCUGCGUCUUCCAUCCAGGUGUUCCCAUCUUCCACGACGCUCUGAAGGGAUGGUCGUGCUGCAAGAAGAGGACGACGGACUUCUCGGAGUUCCUCUCCAUUAAGGGUUGCACCCGCGGGCUCCACAGCAACGAGAAGCCCCAGGAGCCUCUGCGGCCGGAGGUGUCGACGGAUAAGGGCGAGACCAAACACAGCAACUGCCAGGAGAUCAUCUACCAGGGACCCAAGUCUAAGGAAAAGCUGGAGAAGGAGAGGCCGAAUUCAGACGAGCCGAGGAUCAAGCUGCCCCACAAAGUGUCUGCGACGCUGGCUCAGGCGCUGGAAAAACUAGACCUCAACACGAAGGCCGAGUACGAGAAGAAAGAGAGUCAGACAGUGAUGCCCGGGACGCGCUGCAAAAACCCAGGAUGUAAAACAGUCUAUCAAGGCCCGGAGACCAACGCAGAGGUCUGCACCCAUCACCCUGGAGUCCCAGUCUUCCAUGAGGGCUAUAAGUACUGGAACUGCUGCUGCAUAAAGACAAUAGACUUCAAUGCUUUCCUCGACCAGAGAGGCUGCACCACGGGGACUCACCGCUGGGUCCCAAAGCAGGACAAGAAGAAGGUGGCGUGUCGAUACGACUGGCACCAGACGGGAGACAAUGUCGUCGUUACAAUUUACGCCAAAAACGCAAACCCAGAAUUCACCAGCAUAGAAGCUAACCGGACUGUGCUCUCAUGUCAAAUCCAGUUUGAGAACGAUAAGGUCUUCAAGAAAGAAUUUCGCUUCUGGGGCGUGGUGAAUGUUAAGAAAAGUUCCAUCAACAUGGUCCCAUCCAAAGUGGAGAUCACCCUCCGCAAGGCCGACCAGGUGGCCUGGGGAAAACUAGAGGAUCCCAACUAUAAACCUGAGCCGGAGCCCGUGGACGACUCCUUCAACGAGACCACCGAGGCCCAGGAGCCGGACUACGAUAUCGAGGACGACGACAUCAGCGACUCGGACGAGGAGUGGGCCUACGACACGAAUAAAACGCAGGAGGACAAGGAUCAGGUUGAGCAGAAGAAGAAAGAUGAAGAGAUGGAAAACUUAAAGAGGAAGGAGGUGGAAGAGGAGCUGAAGAGGGCUAUGGAGGAGAAGAAGAAGUUGGAGGAGGAGAAGAAGAAGUUGGAGGAGCAGAGGAGGCAGGAGGAAGGGGAAGGAUACGAAGACAUGCCAGAACUGGAGUAACUCAAAGCAAUGAUGUGCAUGAGAUGUUCUGUGCAUGAGCGGAAAAUUGAAACACUUUUUUGUAAUGAAGCAAAUUAAAGGAGACUUUUUGGGGGCUACAGAUCCAAUUAAGAGAGGGGAGAUUUAAGGGUCUUCCUGUAUUACGUCUUUAGUUGACAAACACACUGAAGCCUUUAUAUUAUGAAAAAUAAAGACCUGCAUCUUUCUCUUUACAAACUG